AGUUGAAACCCAGAUGCUAAACAUUAAUGGUCAAUCAGUCUACAGUCAAUGAAACAGUUUUACAGAUUUUGACAUCUAGAUGAAGAUGAAGACGCCAGCGCUGCUCUCACUGAGCCUUGCAGUGGCUCUGGCAUUGCCAGCACUACCCCGUGGUGUGGAAAAAAGUCCAGUUUUAACUAAAGAAAACCAGCUCCCUCUGCUGGGAGACUCGGUUCCACUGCAGGGUCAUGUACAGGUGGAGAAUCCUGCACCACAGGCCGUACUACCCUCCAAAGAGCAGCAGGAAAAAGUGGCUGAAGAAGACCUGAAGCAGAAUGUGGCAGAACUAGAGGUUAAAGUAAAGCCAGAUGAAGAGCAAGAGGUGAAAGCAGAGCCUGAGGCUGAGGCUGAGGUGGAGAAAGCAGGUGUAGUGGAACUAGAAGUCAAAGUGAAGCCAGAAGUUAAGGUGGAGGAAAAGUCUGAAGCACAGCAAGAAGUUAAAGCAGAGGUUCCUGUGGAAGCUGAGGCUCAAAUGGCUGGAGUUAAUCCAGAAGGUGAGGGUGACCAAGAGCUCAAAGAUGACCCCGAGUUCCAGGUGGAGUCAGAGGUAAAAGUUGAGCCAGAUCAACUUCUAAUGGAGCUAGAACCUGAGGAGAAGCACAUGUUAGAUGAAGAAAAUUAUCAGGAGCCUAUGCAGCUUCAAGCUCACUCUGGUCUGGAAGAAGAAGAAGAAGAGUACGAAGAAAAGGUAGAAGAAGCAGAAGAAGAAAGUCACAAUGACAUGGUGGAUGAGUUAGAGCCUCUAGAUGAUGACAACCUGUUUGAAUCAGAACUGACAGAAGAAGAAGAAAAGGCUGCAAAUGCAGAAUUUCAGAGUCAAGAGUCACUCAUUGAACCUGAGCCAGAGGAGGAGGAGGAUGAGGAGGUGAAAAAUGAAAUGGUGGAUGAGCCAAUCAUGGAGUUAGAGCCUCUAGAUGAUAAUAGCCCAGCUGAACCUUUGCCAGAAGAGGAGUUGUUCAUGAGGAAGCGGGACUAUGCUUUAGAUCAAGAACCAGUGAUGGAACUGGAGCCUGAGAUGAUGGAAGAGCCUUUUCAAAAUCCUGGUAUCUUGGAAGAAGGGCCAGCGCUGGACAUAAUGGAGCAGCCAGUGUCACUUAUGGAAAACUAUUUUCCAAAUGAAGAAGCUAAGAUGGCAGCGAGGUCUGAAGAACAGGAAUCCCCACUCGCAGGGGAAGAAAAAUCACAAGUGCAGCUCUAUGGAGAGCCAGAAACAGAAGACCAGAUUGAGCCUGAUGAUGGUGAGCCGACUGGUCUGGUGUCAGAAGAAGAAAAUCGUAGCAGGUUCAAACAAGCCAUGCAAGGGCGGCGCUCUUGCCCUGGUGUAGUACUAGGAGAGAAGUGUUACCAGUUCUUUAAAGGGCCAAAGACGCCUGCAAAUGCUGAGCUUUUUUGCCAAACGUUCCCCGGUGGCCAUCUGGCCUCCAUCACAAGCAAUCACAACCACGCUGAGCUGAUGAAGAUGAUACUGAAGGAAAAUGGAAAGUAUACGCGCACAUGGAUUGGAGGGCUUCGAUUUCUAGACACUGGUCGCUUCAUCUGGUUGGACGGGUCCAAAUGGGACUACGCUGAUUGGCUGUCAGGGGAGCCCAAUAACACAGCAAAUAAGGAGAACUGCCUGGAAGUUCUGCCUUGGGGAAACGGGAAGUUUAACGACUUUACGUGCUGGGAACCCCAGGCUUUCAUCUGCUCCUAUUACAAUUAGUUAAUGUACAGUGAGGUGUUUUUCUUAUCCUUGUCAGAUGCUGGGUGCUGAGUUUGAACUUUUUUUCCCCCUUUACUUGCAGUUUAUCUUAAAUUGGAAAGUAAAUGAUUAGAAACCAUGAACUGUCAGCAUCUGUUAGUCACGGGACUCUUCAUUUACCUGCAUUAACCUCAGUUAGGACGCUCUCGUUAUUUCACAUUUGAAAGUAAAUUUUUUGUAAAUGUCCCAUCCAUCGUUUUGUUUAAAUGCAAUAUUGCCUAUUUGGUAUUUAGAAAUAUAAUAAAUAAAUAAAGAAGUCACAUUUAAUAAAGUUAGACAAAAUGUAUGGACAAUGUUGUUUUUGAUAAUACGGCUUGUUGUGUAA